UGAAUCCUGUUACUUUAAUUAAAGCGCUUUUCACAAUCCUUCUGUGUUUGGUCUUCAGAAAAUUCUCCAAAGUGACAUUUUAUUAGAUCUACAGGCUUUCUUUACAAACAUUCUAAUUAUGUUGGGCAAGGGUGAUAACAUCAUUUUUGGCCUUAUUCAGCUUGUAUAAAUAAUUAGUUGACUUUUUUGGCGCAUAUCGAAGGUAAUGAGUGGCUUUAAUAAGUAGUUUAGAAUCCACCUUCUCUGCAUUAAGAAUCUUUGUCAAAACCACAACUAGUAUCACGAACUCGAAUUUCCCCAAUUCUUCUUUAGCGCGUUCACCCUUUUUCUUACUUUUAAAGAUAUAUUAAUCAAAGUUUUCUCGAUGUCAAUAUUGUAUAAGUUCCUACCCAUCAAAGAAUUCAGUCGCCAGUCCACCGAAUGAGAUUCAAUUUCCUUUUACUGACUCGUGAUUCGCUCAUAAUUAAAUGUUUUGGCCUAGAAACACAUGAAGUUUCUGAAGCAUUGCAAAAAGAGAAAAAGCAUUUACUUCUGAAUCUCCUUUAAAGCAUCAUCGAUCACAAGAUUCAAGUUAUAUACAGCACAAUGUAUGCACUGUAUAUAUAUAGUUCCUUGUAUUGGUUGAUUGUUUGUAGUUAAGCACAAAGCUACACAAAGGACUAUCUGUGCUCUGCCCACCACGGGUAUCGAAACCCGGUUCAAGAGUAUUCUACUUAUAGUAGCGGAACUCUCUUAUUAUUGAUCAAGACAUUUUCAAGGACGGAGGAUUUUCCCCAAUAAUGGCAUGUCAUUGAGUUAUAUUGUGAAAAGUUAACCAGAAGAUGAGUGACAAUCAUCUUGGUGACCUACCUCCAGUUGGAGAAGUUGAUCAUACAGCUUCAUUGUCAGUCCACAUUGGUUCCCUUUACAUAAAUGACGAGUAUAGUGAUGUGUCUUUAAUUGUAGAAGGAAUACGUCUACCAGGACACAAAGUAAUACUAGCAGCUAGAAGUGAAUAUUUCAGAGCCUUGCUCUUUGGAGGCAUGAGGGAGUCACAACAGACUGAAAUAGAAUUAAAAGGAACAUCUUUAACGGCUUUCAAAGCUUUGUUGAAGUAUGUCUAUACUGGACAUUUGAUCCUAGGAAACAGAAAGGAAGAGUUGAUUCUAGACAUAUUAGGACUAGCACACAAGUAUGGAUUUGAAGAACUAGAACAUUCAAUCUCAGAAUACCUGAAAGCAAUCCUGAAUAUUAAAAACGUCUGCAUGAUCUAUGACAUGGCCAGUUUGUACCACUUAGUGUCUCUUGCCGAUGUAUGCUGCAGUUUCAUUGAUCGCCAUGCCCUCGAUAUAAUCAACCAUGAGUCCUUCCUUAUGCUUUCUGCUGCUGCCUUGAAAGAGAUGAUUAGCAGAGACUCUUUUUGUGCCCCAGAGGUGGAUAUAUUCAAGGCUGUUUGUGAAUGGACUCAGCAUAACUCUAGCGUUGAGGCCAGAGAAAUUUUAGCUGCUAUUCGUUUACCUCUUAUGACUUUACCAGACCUUUUAAAUGUUGUCAGGCCUACAGGUUUAGUUCAUCCAGAUACUAUUCUGGAUGCUAUUAAAGCAAAAACUGAAAGCAGAGAUAUGGACUUGAAAUAUCGUGGAUACCUAAUGCCUGAUGAGAAUGUUGCUUCUCCUAAACAUGGUGCACAAGUUUUGCAUGGAGAACUGCGUUCCUCAUUACUGGAUGGAGAUGUUCAGAACUAUGACAUGGAGAGGGGUUUUACACGUCAUCCAAUUGAUGACAACAAUGGUCAAGGAAUUUUAGUAAAAUUAGGCAUGCAAUGUAUUGUCAACCACAUGCGUAUGUUGUUGUGGGAUAAAGAUGUAAGGUCGUAUUCUUAUUAUAUUGAAGUUUCCAUGGAUCAAGAAGAUUGGAUCCGAGUCGUUGAUAACACACGUUACCUCUGUCGAUCUUGGCAAAACUUAUACUUCAAUACAAGGGUUGUGAGGUAUAUCCGUAUUGUUGGAACCCACAACACAGUAAACCGUGUCUUCCAUGUUGUUUCUUUUGAAUGUAUGUUCACCAAUCAGCGAUUUGCUUUAGAACAAGGAUUAAUAGUGCCAUUUGCUAAUGUUGCUACCAUUAAAGCAAGUGCCUGUGUCAUUGAAGGGGUCAGUCGAAGUAGAAAUGCCCUUAUCAAUGGUGAUACAGAGAACUAUGAUUGGGACUCUGGGUAUACAUGUCAUCAAUUAGGAAGUGGAGCAAUUGUUGUACAGCUCGCUCAACCCUACCUCUUAGACUCAAUGAGAUUAUUACUGUGGGAUUGUGAUGAUCGUAGCUACAGCUUUUACAUAGAAGUAUCAACUGACCAGCAGAACUGGCACUUAGUGGCUGAUAGAAAAGAUCAGGAAUGCAGAUCAUGGCAAACUGUUUAUUUUCAAAAACAGCCUGUUGUUUUCAUUAGAAUUGUGGGAACUCAUAAUACUGCAAAUGAGGUCUUCCAUUGUGUGCACUUUGAAUGUCCUGCACAAAUACCACUACCUUCUGAUGUGGUAAAUUUACAUGAAAGUGAAACAGUGGAGUCUGAAGACCAGGUAACUGAUGAAGCCAGUAAAUCGUGGCUUGUAGCUUCUGCAAAAACAAGUGAAUCUUCUCAUUCCUUUGUGUGAAACAGUGAAGUGUUUUUAGAAAUAAAUUUCUUGUACAAUAGUUUCUCAGUUUUUCUACCACAUCCAUAUACAAAGAUAGAACUGACUAAUUAAUGAGCUUGUCAAUUAAGUACAUGGAAAUGAUGGAGUUUGUGCCUGAAUUCAUCUUUUGUAUAAAUCCCUUAGCUACAUGUACAUGUAGUUGGGUGUCAUAAUAAAUGAUAAGUUUUCUUAAAUAUAAUGUCUUGUGCAUUUAGAAUGGUAAGUCUUUUUUUUUUACUUCCAAAAAAAAAUCUCAUAAUUUGUUUAAUAUUAAUUUAUUAUUAGAACGCUUUUUCUGUGUAUUGUCUGAUUUGUUUGAAUAAUUCAACAUAGAAUAUAAUGAGAAAAACCAUCUCCUUUUAAAAUUAAUGCUUUUGAAACUUUUAUUUUCCAAUUGCAUAUCCAGUUGCUUAGGAUGUUUUAUAUUCAAACUACUAUUAGAACUAACUCUAACAAAACUACCUUUAUGUAAAGGUUAUAAGUCUUUUAUAUCAUAACAAUUUGAGAUGGUGUGCAAUUGUAGACUAUGCAACAAAGAUUUUGGUAUUUCAUAACUUUAGCUUCUCUCAAGAACAUAUGGCUUAUAUAAAACAGGAAGUUAUAUAAAACAAGAAAUCUAGCAAAUGCCUGCUGUUAGUGUUACUUUUCUAAUUGUACAUCCGUUUAUAAUUUUGCAUUUUAACACAACAGACUGGUAUUAAAUUUAGCAUUCAAAAUAGAAAUAAUAAUUGUUUUAGCCAGUUAGAAAUAUGAGUUAUAUUGUCAUACACUUAAAAUCUGCUACUUGUUACUUCCAACAUUUUCAGCUUCUAGUAUUUCAUAAAACAUUUUGUAUAAAUAAAUAAACACUAUAUUUGAAUACUAAUUAGAUGUAUCUAAAUGAUUAUUUUGUUCAUUUAACAACCAAAAAUUGUAAUUUCGAAAUGAUGUUAAGUUUUCAAUUUUUGUGAUAUGUUUCUCAGACUUUUUGACGAUUUUCUGUAAUUUUUUGCAGUCUAACAUCUGUUAUUCAAGCAAAACUAGUUUUUUUUAGUUCUACUGUUAAUAUUAUCUGCUCAAUAAGAGCAUAUGUCCAAUUUACAUUGGACAGUGUUAUAGGAUGUAAGUGGCCCAACCAUUUUUUAGUAUAAUAUAAAUAAGAGUUGUUACUUUUAAGUAAUCAUGCUUUAAAUAGUUUUAAGCGUAACAAUGAUAAUAUGCUGUAAUAUUGUUCAUUUUCUAGCUCAUUCAGUGCUUUAUGGUUGUAAAGUAUUUGCAAAUUGGAGUUUUGAUGUAAAUAAAAACAUGUGAAAAGUCUUGGUUCACACCCAGCUCCUUAA